AACACUUGAAAGCAGCACCGUUGCAACAAGAAAACUAGUCGAGGCAGCAGUUUUAAAAUUGGAUCGCAGCCGUUUUCCGGGCUGAGGAUCUCCUUCAGUCAGAUUUCAUCACAGGACGGGCAGAACGAGCUUUUCCUAACAAUGCGUCUAAAAGUUGUUUCCUGACGUCACAAAACGUUUUUGAGCUGACGGAAGCGCUGAGGAAUGCCUGGAAAAGAGCGGACUCGGUCCCACCAGGAGUUGUUUGAUGAUGAGGAGGGGGAGGAAGAUGACCCUCAGUCCAAGAACUUUUUAGAUGAUAUUGAUGAAGAGCUGGAGCCUGAUGGGAAGCACAAUGGCAGCAUCUCAGCAGAGGAUGCCAGGGGGAGCACUCCACAGAGGAGAUUCAGUAAAACGUGUGUGAAAAAUGUCUUCACUGUGCUGCUCAUCUUCAUCUACCUGCUGCUGACCGCCGUGGCCGCCUUCCUGGCCUACCAGACCAUCUCUGACUUCAUGGUGAAACUCAGCCAGCCUGUCAUGUCUGUCACCUACAAGGAGUUUGACUCCUUUUCACCCCCAGGCAUUGCUCUGUUCCCGGGGAAGGCUCAGCUUCUGAGCUGCAAACAUCACCACCACGACUACAUCCCACCUUUAGUGCAGCCAGGCAAGCCUCAGGAGGGGCACUGUGAGAUCAUCCAUGUCACUUACUUUGGUCCAUUCACAAAUGAAACAGAAAAACACGCUUUGGUGGUCCGUGGCCCCGGGGAUGUCAGAAACAAGGAGCUGAUCUUCAUGCAGUUCAGUCAGAAUGAAACAGAGGAGGACUUCAGUGCUAUUACCUACAUGCUUUUUGCUAAGUUCAGCGAUUUGACGGACAGUGCAAAUAAGACAGAGUUUAUGAGGGCCUGUGAGAGGAAUUACUCCAUUUGGACCUUCUCUGGGGGUUUCAGAACCUGGGUCAAAAUGUCUCUAGUGAGGACAUCAGGGAAAAUCAAUGACGCUGUUGAGUUUCGCCAAGAGUCCUCUGUGGUGAAAUUCAAUGACAAAAGGCCCGUGUCAGAACAAACCAACGAGCUCUUCUUUGUUGUGUUUGAGUGGCGGGAUGCUUACAUACAGGAAAUCAGACUGGUGGUGACUGCCAAUCCCUGGAGCUCCUUAGCUAUACUCUGUGGUGUGUUCAUGGCUCUCUUCAAAGCUGCAAAUUUUGCAAAGCUCACCAUCACAUGGAUUAUUAGGAUGCGUAAGAGACAUCUGAGGAAUAAAGUAAAAGAACUGAGACCAAUAACCUAAAACACAAAGCAGAGAGCAGCAGGAUCCGAGCCCAACCAGGUCCAGCUGACUGGUUCUGUUCACACAAAUACAUUUCGUCUUGUUUUUAUGUACAUUUCACUCUAACUGAAACAGUUUGUAAUGAGAAUACAUUUGGUUCAUUUAAACAACAGCCAUUUUUGUUUGGUACAGUUAAAGGUACAAUAUGUAAGAAUGAGGUAAGAAUGACAUCUUGUGUUCAAAUUUGGUUACUGCAGCCCAUUUUUUGUAAGCAAUAUGUUACUUUUUCACCACCGUUCCAUGAGUUUCAUGGCUGUUGCCUGUUACAAAUCAAUGCCACAAAAUUCUUGAUGACAAACGAAGUCCUGGCAGUGGCAGUUACUGCUAGAACUCUUGGGUGUUUUAAGGUGGGGAGCACUUACUACACUUAUUAUGGUAACAUACCUCUGGAAUCAGCGAAAUGCGCUUGUUUGCUGUAUUACUGUUAUAGUUAUGAAUGAUAAAUGACCCGCACUUGUAUAGCGCUUUUCCGAGUCAGAGGACUCCAAAGCACUUUACACAAGAAAGAAAGAAAGAAAGAAAGAAAGAAAGAAAGAAAGAAAGAAAGAAAGAAAGAAAGAAAGAAAGAAAGAAAGAAAGAAAAUGAUCUUUUAUAUAGCAUCUCUCAAAAGGCGCUUCACAAAAAAUAAUUUAAGUAUAAGAAAGAUUUCUAAAAUUAUUAAAACUAUGUUUAAAAUAAGAAAAAAUAAAAAUUGUGAAUAAAAAAAUGUAAGAAAACGGAGAGAGAAAACGAAUGGGAAAGAGGGAAAUCAAUGGAUCCCAGGAAAGACGGAAUAAAAACAGAAUAAGGAGAGGGUGAUGAAGGUCACGCAAAAGCCAUCCUGAACAGGUGAGUUUUCGGCAGCUUUUUAAAGGAGACCACUGAGCCCACUGAUAGGGGGAGGGAGUUCCAGAGUCUGGGGUCUACAGCAGCAAAUGAUCUGUCACCUUUGGUCUGUAGCCCGGUGCGCUGCACAACCAGCUUUGGUCACUGGACCUCAGGGACCUGCUGGGGGUGUAGGGACUGAGAAGGGAAUCACUGUGAUAUACUCAUUAUUCACUUCACACAUACAUUUCAUUGUAAUGUUGAGUUGUUGGUAAUUGAAAAAGGAGCUUGAGAUAUUUUUAGAGCAGACUGCUUGCUUCAGAUUCACUGGUAGCAUUGUUAGCUCAAUGUUAGCCUCUAGCCUUCUUCACCAGAUAUUAAGAAUAAAACAAAAAGAUGACGUAGCUUCUAAGGGGUACAAGAAAUAACUUCUGGGUCGCUGUUUUUUACUGCCAUCGGUUCUUUUGCCUGCCGGUGUCGAAUAACAAAUGCCACCGCUGCAGCGUUAGUUGGCACAGACUUGGCGACCCUGUGGGCUCACAGAUUGUAAACAUCAACUACAUCCCUCUUUUGUUUUUGUUUUUUUAAAGGAGAAAAACUGACAACCUCUCCAACUGGCUGAGAGGGAAAUCUGUUUCAAUGUUACCUUCCUUUCAACAUGAUAGACAUUAGACUGUUUUCUGAUUAUUUCACUAUAGAAUUCUUACAUAUUGCACCUUUAACAAAGAGAAUGUUCUUUCAAGUUACUUUCUAACAUUCUAACAUUCCUGGGAAAAAUGUUGCACACAAGUAAAAUAAUGAAAAACAAAACACUUUUAAAACUAUUUUUAUGUAAAACUGUGAAAAUGUGGCCUUUAAAGGGAACUAGGUUUUAAACAUGGCCUUGUUUUCAUAAUACCAAGUAAGGGAAUGAAUGUUAAAAUAAAUCGUGUGUUUAUGGACAUUUUAAAAUUAAAUAUUACCAGUCUUUUAACAA